GAAAGUUCACUGGAGAGGAUGAUGGCGAGCAAAACAGCAGAGACACGACCCGCAACCAAUCACGGAUCUCCCAGAGUCAUCUCUGUAGUGUUUGUGACUCUCCUGAUUGAUUUAUUAGGGUUCACUCUGAUACUCCCCCUUCUUCCCUCUAUUCUGCAGCAUUUCAGCAAGUCUGACGACAGCCUUUACCAGACAAUACAGCACAGUGUUGAUUGGUUUGCUUCAGCCAUUGGGGUGCCUCAAGAGAGAAAAUAUAACAGCGUUUUGUUUGGGGGCUUUAUUGGCACCAUCUUCUCCCUCCUUCAGUUCAUCUGCUCUCCACUCACUGGGGCUGCUUCUGAUUAUUUAGGAAGACGACAAGCUAUGAUGAUUACAGCGGUGGGGUUAAUUUUCUCUUACACUUUAUGGGCCAUCUCCAGAAGUUUUGGGAUUUUCAUCCUCUCUCGGGUUGUUGGGGGACUAAGCAAAGGCAACGUCAGUCUGUGUACAGCUAUAAUUGCGGAUUUGCCUUCUCUAAAGAACCGGAGCACAGGCAUGGCAAUGAUUGGUGUUGCAUUUUCCCUGGGAUUCACCAUAGGCCCAAUGAUUGGAGCUUACUUUGCAAUGAAUGCAGCCAGCGAGGAGAUUUUCUAUGUCCGACCAGCUCUACUUGCCCUUUUCUUCGCAGUAGCAGAUUUGAUUUUCAUCUUCCUGUUUCUUCCAGAGACACUCCCCAAGGAAAACAGGGUUCCCUCUGUCACGGCUGGUUUUAAAGGGGCCUCAGACCUGCUCAGUCCUGUUGCUUUGUUUCAUUUCUUAGCCAUCACAAGAAGAAAGGAUUCUCCUUCCACUGAAAAUCUUCAGAAGCUGCGGUUGCUGGGGAUGGUCUAUUUCCUGUACCUCUUCCUGUUUUCUGGCCUGGAGUACACCCUCAGCUUCCUCACUCACCAGCGCUUCCAGUUCAGCAGCAUGCAGCAGGGGAAGAUGUUUUUCUUCAUUGGAAUCACCAUGGCUUUGAUCCAGGGAGGAUACGCUCGAAGAAUCAGGCCGGGAAAUGAAAUCAAGGCUGUCAAACGGGCGAUCAUUCUGCUGAUCCCAGCGUUCCUGCUGAUUGGCUGGGCGAGUAACUUGCUGGUGCUGGGAGCAGGGCUGUUACUCUACUCCUUCGCCGCAGCGAUUGUCGUGCCUUGUUUAUCUUCUGUGGUGUCUGCAUACGGCUCGGCCAGACAGAAAGGAACGGUCAUGGGAAUCCUGCGCAGCUUGGGGGCUCUGGCCAGAGCUCUUGGACCCAUCUUAUCCGCAUCACUGUACUGGUUGGCCGGGGAGCAGAUUUGCUUUACCGUCUUUGCCUUUCUCUUCCUCGUCCCACUGGUUUGUCUGGGAAGAUUGAAGGAAAAAGAAGAAUAAUGGACCCUGAGCCGGACUUUCUGCACUGCCCAAACCCAAUGGACACCUGGUAUCAUUCUCUCUCUCUCUUUCGGUGCCUAAAGGGGCAAGUCUGUAAGUACACCCCCUGCAUCUGCCAUGUGGUCCAUUCCAAGUCAUUGAUUGGCUAAUUCCGCUCCCUACAUUUCCUGCAACAUGUAUCCUCGAGUUGGAUGGUACCUAAAUAUAUAUUAAUACAAAUAAAUGAAGCGAAUCCUAAUUUGCAUAUGCAAAUUAAGGAGGGGAAGGGAACAAGUGAAGGAAAAAAAGUUUUACUUCCUUGUUUUAUGCUAAUUUUCAUAUGCAAAUUUGUAUUCAGCUGAAUCUGAAUCCUGCGGAAAAAGGCUGAAUCCGGAACUGAAUCGUGGAUGCCGCACAUCAAUUCCGCACAUCCCUGAUAUCUACCAACAAUAGUGACAUUUUUGAUUGGAUAUGUAAAAUGGAUCAGAAUGGCAGGUCUCAUAUCUGCAGCAUGUUGUGUAUGACUUUUAGUCACUUUUAGAAUAGAGGAGGCGCUACGGUUAUUUUUCUUCUGUUUCUGAGAAUCUUUUUAAAUGCCAAAGGCGAAUUUGUACUAUAAACAUGUCACAUGUGAUAAAUAAAGUUGUUUUUAUA